GAUGGCGCUGGACCGCCACUGGUAUGCCACUGGUGCAGCCAGCUAAAAAAUACGUCGACGUUGCAUUUCUUCAAGGCGGAACAAAUACUUUUACUUUAAUACAUUAAUAAACUAAGAUGUUCCACCUGGUGAGUGUCAGGUCAUGUUGAAGGCUAAAAUGGUAGCCCCUUCUUCCAAGAACAACAAAACCUGCUGCUGUUGCUGCUGCGGAGGAGGAGGAGCCGGGACGACCGGGCAGGAGGACUCGUUGCGGGAUUUAACGCCCGGGGCCGAGGCUCGCUCGACGGACUAAAAGUGGUCAUGGACACGACGAAGGAGAACGGAGGAGGGUCGUUCGUCGUCGACUUAAACGAGAACGAAGAAGGCGGAGAGACGGAAGCCGGGAAGGGUCAGCUGUAUGUGACCGGUAACGAGAGGAAUGUAAACAGAGACACCUCGGUACAGCACGAGAGGGGGAUCAUGUUGGAUUUGGUCGCGGCGGAGAAGUACCUCCCCGGCCAGAUGACUGGCAGCUGUGUGAUUUCGGGGGUCCUGAACGGAUUCACCGAGUCAUUCGGCCAGGAGGAGCCGACGAUGGUCGGAGAAGGAGGAGGGCUCGGCCUCGCAGGGACCACAGGCGCUUCCUGUCCAGCUGUGCUCGGGGGUCGGGUUUCAAUGGACCGGCAGCCGCCUGCGGGAGAGAGCGAAGGGGAAACCCCAGAUUCCGACGACGUCACCCCGGGAGAAGAGGCCACCGGCAGUGGCAGCAUCAGGACUUUCCUCCCCCUCGAUCGACUGCCGUGCACGGGCAAGCACCAGCGGGACUGCGCGUGCUCCACCGCGGCCCUGCAGCAUCCAGAUGUAAAGAUGCCUAACGGGGAUGUUGACAGUCCGGAUGUCGGUUAUUGUAAACAGACGGGCCCGCUGGUUCUGGGCCAGAGAUUCGGUCUGUGCGACGUGGACUGCGAGGAAGUGAAAGUUGUAAACGGUGGUUUACACAUUGUGACCACAGCAACAUGUGACUGGUCCGACUCGGACUAUUCCCCCGAAAAAGGGCAGGAAAACGGGGCCGGGUCGGGAUUUUGUCUGAGGAGCCAAAGCGACUACAGCGGGACAUUGGUUUCUCAGUGCCCGGGGGAGAAUGCCACAGAGCCCCCUCACUUCCUCGACCCAUCCGAGGACUCUCCCACCCGGGGAUCAAGUGCCAAACUCCCGUCAACCCUCUCCAACGUGAACGGCGACCGCGCGCUCUCUGAACCCAACAUCAGGCAAGACUUCAGUGACCUCAGUGUGCCCGUCAGGCCGCAGAGUUUGAGGACUAGCUCCAACGUCGUGUUGUCCCUCAGCUGCGAUGCCACCCCGUUGUCCCCCGACGAGGGGUUUUAUUUCGGAGAUGAGGGGUACGAGGAGGACUUCAGGAACGUGUUGGAAGCGGGUCGCAGGCAGAGCGCCCCGGAUAAUCUGCCCGAUCUGUCCGAGCAGACAGACGGCUCGGACCCCCAGCUGAUGCCAAAGAGGUUCGGCAUAGCUGAUUUCUUCACCAGGAGCCUGUUUACUAGGAAAUCCAAAGAGCCCAAGGCAUUGUCCCACAAUGCAACAGGGUGGCGACUGUUCGGCAAGACAGCAGUUCAAGAAGAUCCAACUACAGACCCCGACUCCACCGAGUCCACACAGCAGGAAGAGCUGGAGGAGGACUUGGGUUUGUCCUCGGGUCCUCCGCUUCCCUCGGCUGCAGGGAGAAGGAAGAACCUGGAGUUUGAGCCUCUUUCCACCACAGCUCUCAUCCUGGAGGACCGUCCAGCGAACCUACCGGCCAAAUCUCUGGAGGAAACUCAGAGACACAAAAUGGAGUACGAUGAGAUGGUCGCAGGAGCCAAGAGGAGAGAGAUGAAGGAAGCCCAGAGGAAGAAGCGUCAGAUGAAGGAGAGGCACAGACAGGAGGACAGCAUCUCCAACGCCAUGGUUGUCUGGAACAAUGAGAUCCUGCCGCACUGGGACAACGUGAAGGGAACGAGGCGGGUAAGGGACCUCUGGUGGCAGGGACUUCCUCCCAGUGUCAGAGGACGAGUGUGGAGCCUCGCCAUCGGCAACGAGCUCAACAUUACACCGGAUCUGUAUGAGAUAUUCCUGUCCAGAGCCAAAGAGAAGUGGAGGAGCUACAGUGAAACCAGUUCAGUCAACGACAGUGAGAGUGACGGAGGGGCGUCUCUGGCUGACAGGGAGUCCAGUCUGGACCUCAUCAAACUAGACAUCUCCAGAACCUUCCCCUCUCUCUUCAUCUUCCAGAAGGGUGGUCCCUACCAUGACCUCCUCCACAGUGUGCUGGGGGCUUACACCUGUUACAGACCUGACAUUGGCUACGUCCAGGGAAUGUCAUUUAUCGCUGCCGUGCUGAUCCUCAACCUGGAGGAGGCCGAAGCCUUCAUCACCUUCGCCAACCUGCUCAAUAAACCAUGUCAGAUGGCCUUCUUCAGAGUCGACCACGAACUGAUGUUGAAGUAUUUUGCAGCCUUUGAGGUUUUCUUUGAGGAGAAUCUGCCUCGUCUCUUCAGCCACUUCCAAAUCAACAACCUAACCCCUGACCUCUAUCUGAUCGACUGGAUCUUCACUCUGUACAGUAAGUCCCUCCCUCUGGACGUGGCGUGUCGGGUGUGGGACGUCUUCUGUCGGGACGGGGAGGAGAGCUUGUUUCGGACGGGGCUCGGUAUCCUGCGCCUGUUCGAGCAAGUCCUGCUCCAGAUGGACUUCAUCCACAUCGCCCAGUUCCUAACCCGCCUGCCGGAGGACCUGCAGGCACACACACUCUUCACCGCCAUGGCCAACACACACAUGAUCAGCAAAAACCGCCGCUGGGCUCAGGUGUUUUCUGCAUUGAUGAAGGAUGGAAAUAAAGACACGGACAAAAACUCCAGCCCGGCUUUGAGAAGCUAACACUAGCCACCCUCGACGCUAAACGACCACCUUUCUUCAAACUAAUCGUCAAAUGCAAGCUGUGAAGGUUGAAGGUCAUGCUAGCCAGCCAUGAACUUCAGAAGAAAAAGCGAGCUCGCCGUGUCAGCACCGCUAACAUCCGAGGUUAGCUGUGAAGCUUGAAGCUACGUAGCCUGAAGCUAAACCUUCCCUCCAGAGGCGUCGCUACGAAGCUUGAAGUGAACACGAGCCAGCCGUGAAGGUGGAAGCUGAGGUCAGAAUUUUGUACCGGAGACGAGCUGUUGGCCUGCGCAGGUGAAGGAAGAAGCGAAAUCUUUGUUGGAACCCGAGCGGGAAACCAAAGUGGUUUGUUAAUUCUAAACUUUAACAGCCAUUGUCAGUAUUUCUCCAACAGAUUUUCGGAGAAGCGCCUGUUGUUGUUGUUGUAGCAGCAGUGUCACUGAUCUACCAGCCUACAGAAGCGGAAAAAUUAAAACUGACUUUCAGAUAAUAUGCUGUUAUUUCACCUGCAGACUGGAAGGGAAUAUUCACACGCUUGUGGGAAUCCUGCCUCCAUGUCGGGACACAAACACAGAGCAUUGGGCCCCAUGUAAUUCUCCUAAACGGCUCAAAUUCUUAUUUUCGGUGCUAGCGAUUUUCUAACGGCUUCAAAAAUGACCUCUGUGUUUAAAUUGUUAUUGUAGCUCCUCGUAGGUUUUGAUUUCACACUACUAUUGAUUUGCAUUGUUUUAGCUUGAACUCUGGAUCAUCUGAAAUCUGCAGUAGCAUGGCUGAUGCUGAUAUACUGGUUGUAGCUGAUAAAUUAGCUUCCCACUUUAAUAUCCUAGCUUUUUAAAAUGCUCAUCUGUAGGCGAAAACACACGGGAAUAUGGGAAGAGAACGCAGGACACAAAAUAAUGGGGGAAAUGGAAUAAUUUUGUACAAUGUAGUCUUUCUGAUAAUUAUUAAGAAAUCAAAUAAUACACAUCUCAUCAGUGAUCGUAAUAAAGUACAAGCAAAACUAAAUAUUUAGAUGUUUUACAGAAAAUGUCAUCCUUAAUAUCAGAAUCAAAAGGUAUAUGGGGGAAGUUUAGUGAUGGUGGGCAUAGAAAGUCACUGCCCUUGUUGGUGUUCAACCAAACAAUAUUUUUAGAGUAAAAAAACAACUCUGGUAGAGUUUCUGCUGGUCAUUUAUUGACAUGAAUUCAUAAAAUGUGGAUUCAAAUCAAUUGUUGCUAAAAAAAGACAGAAGUGUCAGCUGUUGAAAAUGUUGUUUGGGUCAAACUGAUCAUAUGAACCUUACAUGAAGGAGCGCGGGUUUUAAAUCAGUGUUUCAUGGAUCCAGAUCUAUCAGAGAACUUUAUAUAUGCAGCACUGAGCUGCAUCAUGGAGACACAACUACACAGAACGAGCUCAAACUAAAUACACGGGGCAUUAAGUGCCUCAUUGUUUCCUCUCUCUGUGGUUGGAGGGAAUACAACUAGACGACCAAGGUUCAAUAGAAACAUGUCGGCAAAACAUGCAGAUACCAGAGCAACAAUACUGGCUUUUAGCUUUUACUAGUUUCAGCUUGAGAACGAAGCUUUUUAGUCUUUGCAGCAGAACUUUUGUCGCUUGUUCCGUCGUCUGUGAGAAUGCAAAAAUUAAGUUCAGCAGCAGAUUGAAAGUUAAUAUUAAUGAACUCUUAAAAAAAAGCACCUGCACGUUACAGCAUUUUCAUCACAACACUCUCCUCCAUUGUGACACACAAAUCUAAUGUUCACUUUCGUCAAACGUUUAUAUGAUCCUUUGUACAGCUGGAUGUCUGCUGCUGACCUUACCGCCCCCACAGUCAAUUAAUCAAUUAGUUGAUCUACAGCUACUUAUAUGAUUAAUUAAAGUGACAUUCUCUCAAUCCAGCUUCUGAAAUUUGACGUUGGAUUGACUGUCAGAAUAGUUUCAGAUCAAUUGUUUUUAGAGCUGAAACAAUAAGUAUAUGAACAUAAAAUGACUCCAUUAACUGAGAGAAUAAUCUGCAGAUUAAUUGAUGAUAAAAAAAUAGUCAUUACUUACAACCCUCUAUGCAGCGUUAACCUUUAAAGGAGGCACUCUGAGGAAGCUCUCGUGCCUUUAAAAGCAAGCUUACAAGUUCUCUAAAAUACUGAAUAAAGCAACAAAGAUGGAGUUAUCUUCCUGUUCUAGAUCGAGCAGCCCCGAGUGAUUCCAUUUAUUUAAUCUGGAUUAUAAUCUAACAGUACGCCGCCCCGUCAGGUCUUUUGGCCUGUUGAAGUGCUUUACAUCACCUCCGUGUCCGCUUUGUUAUUAGCACUCCUUUGAUUUCCACACACUAUAAGCCUUCACCUCCAUUUCAUCCCUACCUCUCGAUGACCAUUCCACAUACGCGCACACACUACUGAUGGCGAAUACUUUCCACUUACCUACCAGCAAAUGAGCAGGCCUUAAAAACGUGGACCAAGCAGCCACACUGUAGUUUUCUCACAGUGUGAACUUCUGCGUCGACUGCAGCUUUUAUCGGUUGUUGAAGCAGAAAACUCACUGGAGACGACGAGCAAUCCUGGAGGAAGGGAGAGGAAGAGGAGGUGGGAGGGAGACGAGAUGUUAGGUGAGGCAGUAAGACGGGACGUGGUUUUAUUUAUGCAUUUUUUAAAGUUCUGUCCCCCUUUCUUAUUGAAAAUGAUUAAGUUAUUGUUGCUACAACGGCAACAAGUGAUUCCUGCAGAAAAUGCAAAAUGUCACCGUGUAGAGUGAUAAAAUGGAAAUGAAUUGAUUGCAAAGUAUCACAUAUUAAUACUUUGAGAAACAAAACUAGUCAAACAAGAAAGUUUUAGAAAAGACAGUGAGAUGUGUUGAGGGUCAGAAUGUCUCUCAGCCGAGCUCUUCCUGUUCUCCAGGUUGCAUCUUUUCUGGUGAGUGUUUCUGCAUCGCACUAGUGUUGCACCAAAUGACUCCGUGAUAAGGGUUUGUUGUUGUACAUCGACCAACCAGAAGCCAGUAUUCAUGUGUCCAAGCUGGUAUCAGUGUUGUUUUGGGGGUAAACUCACCAUCCAGCUGAAUUGUUUGUGUUUAUUGAAUCAUGUAGGCGAGAUGUGAUUUAUAUACAUUUUAUUUUUGCUUUACGCGCCAUCAGAUAACUCCAGAAACUUCUGCAAACUCUCACAUACUUUACACUAAGACAGCCUCAUAACCUCUCAGCUAUUUAGGGAGUUAACUCAGAUACUGUUGUGUUUUUCAAAGUAAAAUUUGACACAGACUGAGUCAGUAAUACAGGUGUUAGAAGCAGCAUGAUUUCAUACAGUUAAACAUGCAUAAUAAAUACAUAAACGCAUGCAUGUCCAAAAAUUUAGACAAGAAACUGCAGUUUUCACUGGCAUCACAUUCGUUAUUCAGUUACAAACACACAACUCUUAAAACACCUCCAAUGAAUCCGAGAAGGCAAUACAAAAUAAGCACUUUGUGAACAUGAGCUGCUCUUUUUAACAGGUACACUAAUUACACCGAGCGCAAUUAAGCUCAAUAAGGAACUUGCAGUAAUUGUUGGUUUAAAGGUAAUAAAAUCCCAUUAAUGAACAGGUUUCUUCUCCAGGUUUCCAUUAAUCCACCAUAAAUCUGAUCUAACAGAAAAAGAUCAAUGUGACUCCUGUGGUUUUAUUUUUGUAUUUUUGAAUCCUUAUUUACUACAUACCUGUGAUCUUUGGGGGAGUCUGUUAUCAUUGUGUGCCUGCAGCCUUGUUUGUUAUAGCUCGAUGGACUUUUCCCAAUUUUCAGUUUGUCUCAUGGAUCCUGAGGUUUUAUAAUACAAAAAAAAUGAUCUCAACCCUUAAAACUUAACUUAAAAAUGGCCAAAAUUGGAGUUGCAUGGGUCUUAGACAACGAUAUCCAUUUGCCACCCAAAAAUCUUCAAUCUGUAUCAUUAUUAUUCAUAAUAAACAAUGUUGAAUUCAGUUGUAUUUGAAUUGGCUUUGGCCAAAAAUCACGCUUAAUAUCCCAAAAUGGAAAAUGUGUCACUUAAACACAAAUAUUUCUGUGUUGAUAGCAACACGUUUAAUUUAUUUUAAGCUCUGUUAUUAUUUUAUUGAAGGUUUAUCCAGAUAUUUGAUGAUUUUUUUGUUCCAGUAUUAAUAUGUACUAUACGCUAUAUGAAUAUUUGUUGUCAUGUCAAUAAAUUAACAAACAGUUUCUCUGAGAAUGCAUUGAAUGUCAGUGUCUGAAACACCAGAAUGGUAAAGGGUUCUACAAAUGGGAUUCAGAGCAUUGAUAUAGCAGCAAACAACCGUUAGCUACGUAGAGACGUAGUGGAGCAGAGAACAACGUCACUCCCCCUCUGUGUGUUGUAAUGCGACUUUCUCUGUGCUUUGUUUACAUAUCCAAGCCAGCCGUGCAUUUUAGUGCAUGCGAGUCUCUAAAGCUAAUGGCCUAGCAGCUGCCUCAGGUGUUGCCAUGUUGAGAGUCACGUGGAGGCAACAGAUACGCUCUAAAUCCUGUACAGAGAACAUUUUACUAAUCAAGACAUUAAAUUAGCAAAUUAUAAUUUAAACAUGUUUUCAGACUUCUUCUCAGUGUCCAUGCUCAGUAUUGAUCAUUCUGACCGGACAAACUGAAACAAAUGACAGCUGUUGAAGUAAACGAUGUUCCAAACUAGACGCACAAA